AUGUCUAAAAUCGCUAACCGUCCAGACUGGGCCGACGAUGUCGAAAAUGACCUUGACGAUCCCGCAACCCUACCUCCGCAAACCGUAACCACGAACAAGGACGGUACCAAAACGGUCACUUCCUACCGGUUCAACGACGACGGCAAACGGGUCAAAACCACUCGCCGCAUACGCACCACCAUUGUCAAAGAAUUCGUCAACCCCCGCGUCGCCGAGCGCAAAGGCUGGGCGAAGUUUGGGCUCGAAAAAGGCCAUGCCGCCGGACCGAGCUUCGACACCACAAGCGUGGGCGAGAACAUUAUAUUCCGACCGAGCGUGACGUGGAAGAGAGACGGGAAAGAGGAGAAGAAAGUGGGGGAUGACCCGAAGGAGAAGCUGAAGAACAUGAAAGUCAAGUGCAGGAUCUGUGACGGGGAGCACUUCACAGCCAGGUGUCCGUUCAAGGACACGAUGGCGCCGAUGGGAGAGGACGGAGCCGGUGCCGCGGGCGGGGCGGGUGCCGAUGGGGACGAGGAUGGGCCGCCGAAGGAGGGCGGUCUGGGUACUGGGGGAGGGGGUUACGUGCCGCCGCACCUCAGGAAAGGAGGAGCCGCCGGUGCCGGCGAGCGGAUGGGAGGGAAGUACGAGAGGGACGACCUGGCUACGUUGAGAGUGACCAAUGUUUCCGAGUUCGCGGAAGAGAACGAUCUGCGGGAGAUAUUCGAACGCUUCGGCCGAGUCACGCGUGUGUUCCUCGCCAAGGACAGGGAUACGAACAGAGCGAAAGGGUUCGCCUUCAUCAGCUUCCAAGAGCGGACCGACGCCGCAAAGGCUUGUGAGAAGAUCGAUGGCUAUGGCUAUGGACACUUGAUCCUUCGGGUCGAAUUUGCCAAGCGAGCUGCCAACUAG